AUGAAUAAUAAUAAUAACCUUUCAGAAAGUGAUAAAUGUUUAUUAACGCAGUUAUCAGAAAAUAAUGAACCGUCAGUUGUUAUUAAAAAUAAAGCUUAUUUUAAAGGUAAUUUUUAUGAAAACAAAGAUAAUGAUUGGAAAGUUUCUGAUAUAAACACUUUUAUUAUAGAAUUUGUUUUUGAUGAGAUGUUAAAUAAAAUUGUAUAA